AUGGCUUCACGCACAACCGCCGGAGGCAUUGGCUUUGCCGUUAUGUCCAAGGUAGUUUAGAGUCGUACGAAGUUGUAAAUUGAUUGUUUUAAUUAAUCCAAUCUUUAUUUCAGCAAGCCUCAAAAUACAACGAAGAUGAAGCCGAGCUCCUCCUUAAAUGGAUUAAGCAGCUCAGUGGAGAAAACAUCAGCACUUCUGGAGACCGUGAAAACUUCCUCAGACUCUUGAAGGACGGUACCCUCCUUUGCAAGUGCGUUGGUUUAAUUCUUUUAUAUCUCUUCUGCCAUCCAAUCUCCUAAUAUAUUUCUCUUUUAGAGCCGCCAACGGAAUCGUUCCCGGCAGUGUGAAGAAGAUCCAGAAGCCCAUCUCCAACUUCGCCUGCAUGGAGAACAUCAACUCGUUCGUGGAGUUCGCCAAGAAACAAGGAGUUCCCAACGAAGAGACCUUCCAGUCCGUCGAUCUGUUCGAAGCCCGUGAUCUUUUCUCCGUUUGCGUCACUUUGCUGUCAUUGGGCCGUGUUGUAAGUCCAGAUUACUGAUUUCUGCUCUAAUCUUAACUGUAAUUACUUAUUUCCUAAUGGAUUUCAGUUAGAGAAAGCCGGUAAAACCAACCCCUUCAGCAAAUAAAUGCUGACAUCAAUCUAAAGAAAUCAUCGUUAGUUUUAAUUUUACUCUUUUCUUACAACUCUUCCUGUAAAGUUGCAAUCUUCAGUUCUAAGUCGGUUAUUUUCAGUGUGAAGCUCAAGGGAAACCCCAUCCCCAGAGUGUACGCAAGGACUUAAUUUACAAUGUGCCCUACUUCUAA